AUGUCAGCUUCCACUUCACAUCCUUCUGGCUCGACACCACUGGCCCUACCGCCUGGUGUCGAUAUUACAGCGUUCAACAAGUUCAUCAAGGAUUACCGAGAAUGUCCAGUGGCGCCACGCAACGUCGGCAACGUGCAGGCUAUUGUCGACCCGGCCAACCUGCUGCCAAUGCCGAUGAGGCCCAUCGCCUUUGGGAGCAACUCUGGGUACGGCGGCGCAGGUUCCCGUGUGCGCGGCAGCCUGGUGCUCAACAUGGGAAAGAACAUGAAGAAGAUCCUCGAGGUGAACGUCGACGGCAUGUACUGCCUGGUUGAGCCGGGCGUCACGUUCCAGGACAUGCACAACUACUUCGUUGCGAACAACCUGCGCGACAAGCUGUGGAUCGACGUGCCUGGCCUGGGCAGCGCUUCCAUCCCGGGCAACACGCUCGAGCGUGGCGGCGGAUACACGCCGUACGGCGACCACUUAAUGAUGCACAAACCUGCCGACGAUGCAUCACAUCCUGCUGGACGCAGCCGUCAUCGGCACCAAGGCGGAGUACAUCGACAAAAGGGCGUGCUGGGCAACGAAGAGCUGGACGCUAUUGGCAAGAAGCUGAACCUGGCCCGCUGGAACUUUUACGGCGCGGGCGCCUUCACAGCCAUUCCCGGCGCCCGGUUCUACUGCAAAGACGACGUGCUUGCGAACGCGGUGCUGCGCAUCCGCGACCUGACUAUGCAAGGCAUCCCGACUGUUGAAGAGUUGCGCUGGGUCUCGUGGCCGCACAACGGCACGCGUCUCUUCUGCUCGCCCAUUGCGCCUGUCCGGGGCGAGGACGCCAUAGCGCCGUACGAAGUGACGCGGCGGCGCUGCGAAGAGGCCGAGCUCGGCUUUAUCGGCACCGUCACCAUUGGCAUGCGCGAGAUGCACCACAUUAUCAUGGGCACGUACAACUGGAACAACAGCAGCUUCCUGCUCGUCAACGAGGCCAUCAAGAACGCCGUCGAUUCGAACGGCAUCAUGGCGCCCGGCAAGUCCGGCGAGUGGCCCAAGAACUAUACGAAGGAGCAUGGGAUGCUGUGA